CCACACGGUUGGAUGCCGUGGCGAGAGCGACGGAGGCCAGUGAAGUUCAUCCGACUUGGAGUUGCUCCGUCAGUCCUCGUCAAGCUCUCACCUACCAAAUCCUAUAAAUUGAGACGAGCGGCCGCCCGAAGCCAGUACCGCACUGCACGAUUCCUUGCUCAUAUCCAGGAAACCUUCCUCUUGUUUGUUGUUCUGCGAGGAGAGAAACCCAGGGAGGGGAAAGGCCAAGGGGGCGGGUGAUGGCGCCGAAGAGAGAGCUGGUCCUGGCGGCCUGCGCCGGCCGGGAGGCGGCGAAGCGCCUGCGCGUUGGGGUCCAAGGAACUCCCUCCGCCGGCGGCAGCCAGCCGGCGCCGCCGUCGCCCGGGACGCGGCUGCUGCGGCAGACCGUGCUCGUCAUGCUCUUUCUUCUGCGGAUGAGCGAGAGGAUCACGGUGACGGAAAGCAUCUCGCAGAUUGGUCGCAUGGUCCAGAAACUUCACAAGGUUCAGAAUCUUAUCAUGAGCAAGCUGGACAGUUUACAGUAUCAGAUGGAGGGUAUUAGCCAUGAAGUGAAGAAAUUGUCAUGCUCGCGCUCCAAUCACCAUGCUGAUCAAGACCAAAGAAACGAGCCGGGCCUGGACUGUACCACUGCCAGUGGAUGGAAUGCAAACAUCCACCUGCGUUUCCGGAAUGACCUGAAGACCCCUAUUUACACAGAGAAGAACAUAACAGCUGAAGGCGAUCAGCCUAUCAGGAUUGGCAUGUUUGAAGGUGACAACAUGAUCACAGGCGGCCCUCUUUCAAAGGCGAAAAUUGAGAUCUUGGUUCUCCGAGGCGACUUUCCCGACGAUGGCAAGGAGAGAUGGACUGAAGAAGAGUUCAAUAGCUACAUAGCGCAAGGCCGGGAUGGGCAAGGGUCUGUGUUGGUGGGUAAUUACCGUCUACGGUUGAACAAUGGUGAGGCCUUCUUAAAGAAUAUCCGUUUCAAAGAAGGAUCAUGCAGGACUCCCAGUAGGAAGUUUGUUGUCGCAGCAAGAAUAUGCGUGAGCGAAAAGACCAAUGUGCGAGUUCAUGAAGCUAUCAUGAAGUCCGUCCCUGUGCUGGAUCGUAGGAAUGCAGCAAAUGAGAAGAGGCACCCUCCGAAAUUGAGUGAUGAAGUGUAUCGUCUGGAAGAAAUUGCCAACGGUGGAACUUACCACAAGAGGCUUAAGAACAAGCAUAUCUUCACUGUGGAGGACUUCUUGAAGACUUUGAAUAAGGACGCAAACUAUCUACGCAAAGAAGUUCUCCUGAUAAACAAGCCACACAGCCCUUGGGAGAAAAUGGUUAAGCAUGCCAGGGAGUGCUGUCUCAAAGACAGGCAUGAGCUCAAAGCAUAUCACAAUGAGGGAAACGUGGUGAUCUUCUUCAACUGCGUGUAUGAUCUCAUCGGAGCAGAGUUUGCUGGUGAUUAUAUCACACAGAACAAUUUUGAUUCAGAUAGUAAGGCUCUAGCCAAUGAGUUGAAAGAGCGUGUGUGUGAUAAAUUGGACAGCCUCCCGUUUAACUACAAGAUGAUUGGCGAUCUUCCUGUACCAGUAACUUCUAGCACAAAUUCUUCUGCUGGUGCAUCCAUUCUUGCACCAGAUGCAGCACUUCAAGCAAGCAAAAGCCAGUGCGAUGAUAGGAACAACCAUGCUAGCAACUCAUUCUAUCAGAAUCCAAACUUCAGCUCCAGUUCAUCUAUUCAUGAUUAUCAGAACACUGUUGGCGCACAUUAUUGCCAAGGUGAAGGGAUUCCAUCACUUUGUCACCAACCCUCAACCUCAGUGGCGCCUUAUUGGCAGCAAGAUCUGGGACCAAUUAAUUCGACUUACAGAACAAAUGUGACCAGUGCUUCCAUGCAUCACCCAUUCAAUGGGUGGUACACAGAUCUGAAAGCAACUGAAUGGUCCCUUGAAUCGAAGUGCUAUGUCAGAGUACAAAUCAGUACAUCAACAGCUUAUAUAUGUGUGCUCGUUUCGCAGUGGGAUUACGGUACACCGGGCUGCUGCUUCCAAGGUCAAGUGAACAACCAUGGCCAGAUGCAAGCUCCCUUUGGCGGCAUCGCCUUGGAGGCGUCAACUUCUGCUCAACACAACCUUAUGCCACACCAAUUGCCUCCUUAUUUCCAAGGAAACAUGCCUGAGCUACGCUGCUCUGAGGAUCUGCCAAACCCUGUUGCUGAACCAUCAUCAUGGAGAAACGAUGGUAUCCCUGAACCAUCGCCGUUCAGGGAUACCAACCUGACAGAUGACUCACCUUUUGAAGGAUCAGGUCAAGUGAACAACCAUGGCCAGAUGCAAGCUCCCUUCAAUGGCAUCGCGUUCGAGACGUCAACUUCUGCUCAACACAACCUCCUGCCGCAACAAUUUCCUCCUUAUUUCCAAGGAAACAUGCCUGAGCUACAUUACUCUGAGGAUCUGCCAAACCCUGUUGCCGAACCAUCGUCAAGCGACAAUGGUAUCCCCGAACCAGAGCCUAGCACCCGUGCAUUUCAAGGACCAGGGUAUGGAAACUUUUAGCAAGCAGCCAUACUCUGCAAUGCCUUUUGGGUUGUGUAAGUAGUAUAUGUGAUGUUUUACGCAGUGCAGUAUAGAUUCAGUUACCACUUCAUCUAUGUAUAGGUUUCAUGGACAAAUGUUUACCCUAGUGCAUUAUGUGCCCCACUGAUGUAAAUUGAUCCAAAGUUAUGUUCUAAAUAUAUUUCCCAACA